GCUUUGUUUUUAUGAUUUGUAGUUCGACGGAAUUCCAACUAGUAGCCAAUGAAAAAUGCAAGAAAGACCCACACUAUUAAAAUUGUCUCCCGCCAUUGACGCCUAAAUCCUCUGACUCAUCCCUCCACCAUCACAACCAUCAUCUAAGUCCAUAGAACGAAGCGAAGCUUCUAGGAGAAAAAAAAAAAAAAAAAAAGGAUCUCACACUCGGGUUUUUUUUUUCUGCUGAUUUCCUUUGAUCCAUAGAUGAAAGCUAAAUCGAAGAACUCCACCUCCAGGAGGAGCUUAGGGUUAUAUACUGCCCUACUCUUAUGCACACUUUUCUUCCUCGCUGGCUUGUUUUUCUCCACCCUUUUCUCUCAGGGUGUGCCUCCUAUUAGGUCGAGGCAGAGACGGAUUGAGUUGGGGGAGGUGGGGGCGGAGGUCGCUGAUGUCAUGCCGCAUGGGGAAACUGGAGAGGGGUAUAUUGAAUCCAUCCCAUUUCAGAUCUUAAGUUGGAAGCCACGAGCUCUCUAUUUUCCUAAUUUUGCUACUGCAGAACAAUGCCAAACCAUAAUUGAAAGGGCUAAGGUGAACCUUAAACCAUCUACCUUGGCCUUGCGGAAGGGAGAAACUGCUGAAAACACUAAAGGCACCAGAACAAGUUCUGGAACUUUUCUUAGUGCAUCAGAGGAAAAAACUGGGGUUCUGGAUUUCAUUGAGAAAAAAAUUGCAAAGGCUACAAGCAUUCCAAGGAGUCAUGGAGAGGUACAUUAUCUUUUCCUAGGGAAACUAUUGUCUGAUCACAUGGUGUAGAGCUGUAGUGCUAUUUGCAAAUUGCUCCUUGCCGGAACCUACUCCAGUGGGAUAACUAGGUGUCAAGCCCUUUUGUAAUAAUGGAAAUGUCAAAGCAUUCCACUGGUACUAACAAUAGUACCUGUAUAGGCAAUAAACUAAAUUAUUGAUGCAGGAUCUGGUAGAUGGGUUUUAAGGUUUCAGAGCCUCUAGAGCCGUUUGGUUGCCAGAAAACAGAAAAAGCUUGUAGGAAGGAGUCAAGAUCCUUAGGUAAGAUUAGCAGAAUAGUUGAAGGAUAAGAAACACUACUUGUUAGCACUUAAUGCUGGGGUUUUAAAGCAAGGGUACUUAGGGAUGUAAUCGCAAGAAGUGGAAAGGUGCCAGAAGUAAACUUUGAUUUAUUUU